AUGUCGAUGCUCGGAAGCACUGUCGGUCUCGGCCACUCGGUGGUCGGAAUCAUGUCGCUGCUCGCGCCCGAGUCUACGGGCAAGCUACUUUGCGUCCCUUCGCCUCGGGCGGCCAACUUUGUCUCGCGACUCUUUGGAGUGCGCGAGCUGCUUCUGGGCGCAAGCCUCUUGCUCAGCAUCCGAAACAACCGCUCGCUCGCAGAACGCAUGCAGCUGCUCACCAUCAUCAACAUUAUGAACGCCACAGACACCAUCUCGGGCAUCGUCGAAUACUUCAACCGCACCAUCGACUUGAAUGGCUUCGUCCUGGGCUCCGGCGGCGCGUUCACACUUUUCUGCCUAGGAAUGAUCCAGGCCUCUAACUGGUAA